AUGCCACUAAUCUUGCUCACCGGGUAUCCGUGUACUGGGAAGACAACUGUUGCCAGAGAAUUGGUAGCGCUGUUGCAGAAACGGUUAGAGAGCGAUCCGCAACUGGCGAAGAAAAAUUAUAACAUAAUUUAUCACUCAGACAAGUCUCUGGGCAUCAAGCAUUCGGACUACAUUUCGUCGAAAAAUGAGAGGAAACUGCGUUCUGAAAUCAUCAGCGCUGUGAAAAGGGAUUUGACCAAAACCAAUAUUGUGAUAGUCGACUCGUUGAACUAUAUCAAGGGUUUUAGGUACCAGUUGCACUGCGAGGUGAAAAAUGUGUCUACAACCUAUUGUCUGAUCCAGACAAUGUGCCCGGUAGAUCAGAUCCUGGAAUGGAAUCAACAGCGCGGGGAGCCCGAGGACGUUUGGGACAGGGAACUGUUAGAUCAAUUGAUACAGAGGUAUGAAGAGCCAAACGCGCAAACCCGAUGGGACUCGCCGUUGUUCCCGGUAUUAACGACUCAAGAUUCCAUAUCGGACUUCAUCGAUGAUAUCACCGUUGCGGUGUUCAAUAGAGCAGCUAACUCUCGCGAUUCACUUUCCAAAGCAUUGCAGAAGCCCAACAGUGCCACAAUUUUGAAGCCCGCCUCACAAACAAACUUCAUUCAAAAACUGGAUUCCGAAACGACGCUUGUUGUGAAAAAGAUCAUGAACCAUAUAAAGACUUUACAAUCGAUUGGAAAUUCUAACUGCUCAGCAAGAGUCAUUGUCUCCGAAGGUGUGACAGACAUCAAUGACGACAAUUGUUUUUACGUCGAUCUACCAACGAUUUCGAUCUCUUUACCACACUUGCAAAGACUCAAAAGGCAGUUUGUCACAUUAAAUAAAUUGAGAGACAUGGAUGAAAAAAGAAUUGUACCGUUAUUUGCAGAUUAUUUGAGUAAAAAUUUAAACGAUUAA